AUGGUUUCUGCCAAGAAGGUACCCGCGAUCGCCACGUCCUCCCGGGUCAGUUUCGCCCUCCUGCACUUCCUUUGCCUGGCGGCUUGUUUAAACGAAUCCCCAGGACAAAACCAAAAGGAGGAGAAAUUAUGCCCGGAAAAUUUUACCCGCAUCCUGGACAGCUUACUCGAUGGUUAUGACAACAGGCUGCGUCCUGGAUUUGGGGGUCCUGUUACAGAAGUAAAAACUGACAUAUAUGUCACCAGCUUUGGACCUGUUUCUGAUGUGGAAAUGGAAUACACAAUGGAUGUGUUCUUCAGACAGACGUGGAUUGACAAAAGACUAAAAUAUGAUGGCCCCAUUGAAAUUUUGAGAUUGAACAAUAUGAUGGUAACAAAAGUAUGGACACCUGAUACUUUCUUCAGGAAUGGAAAGAAAUCUGUUUCACAUAAUAUGACAGCUCCAAACAAGCUUUUUAGAAUUAUGAGAAAUGGCACUAUUUUAUACACAAUGAGACUCACCAUAAGUGCGGAGUGUCCCAUGAGAUUGGUGGAUUUCCCCAUGGAUGGUCAUGCAUGCCCUUUGAAAUUUGGAAGUUAUGCAUAUCCAAAGAGUGAGAUGAUUUAUACAUGGACAAAAGGUCCUGAGAAAUCAGUGGAAGUUCCAAAGGAGUCUUCCAGCUUAGUCCAAUAUGACUUGAUUGGGCAAACUGUGUCAAGUGAAACUAUCAAGUCCAUUACGGGUGAAUAUAUUGUUAUGACAGUUUACUUCCACCUGAGACGGAAGAUGGGUUACUUUAUGAUUCAGACAUAUAUUCCGUGUAUUAUGACAGUGAUUCUUUCUCAAGUUUCAUUCUGGAUAAACAAGGAAUCAGUUCCAGCUAGGACUGUGUUUGGGAUAACCACAGUCCUCACCAUGACCACACUGAGCAUCAGUGCCCGGCAUUCUUUGCCCAAAGUGUCCUAUGCUACUGCCAUGGAUUGGUUUAUAGCUGUCUGCUUUGCUUUCGUAUUUUCCGCACUUAUUGAGUUUGCUGCUGUCAAUUAUUUUACCAAUAUUCAAAUGGAAAAAGCCAAAAGGAAGUCAUCAAAAGCCCCCCAGGAGAUUCCGGCUGCUCCAGUGCUGAGAGAAAAGCAUCCUGAAACACCUCUACAGAACACAAAUGCCAAUCUGAAUAUGAGAAAAAGAACAAAUGCCUUGGUUCACUCUGAAUCUGAUGCUGGCAACAGAACUGAGGUGGGAAACCAUUCGAGCAAAUCCUCCACAGUUAUUCCAGGAUCUUCUGAAGGCACAUCGCAGUCUUACUUAGCUUCCAGUCCGAACCCAUUCAGCCAUGCGAAUGCAGCCGAAACAAUAUCUGCUGCAAGAGCACCUCUCUCUGCUCCUCCCUCUACUCCUGGGAGAACUGGGGACGUGCCCCAACAGGCUUCUGCUGGACCUGCUUCUACCCAGCGUGUGUUUGGAUCAAGACUGGAGCGAAUUAAGACCACUGUUAAUACCACAGGGGCUUCUGGGAAGUUGUCAGCAACUACUCCUCCUUCUGUCCCACCGCCGUCUGGGUCUGGCACAAGCAAAAUAGACAAAUAUGCCCGUAUUCUCUUUCCAGUAACAUUCGGGGCAUUUAACAUGGUCUAUUGGGUUGUUUAUUUAUCUAAGGACACUAUGGAGAAAUCAGAAAGUCUAAUGUAA